AUGGCUUAUAGGAUGAACAGCUUGCUUGGCUCACCAGGUAAGGAAACUGCCUAUAUGGCUUAUAGGAUGAACAACUUGGCUAACCAGGUAAAGACUCUAACCUUUAAAGAAGAUGAGACAUGCGAGGAUGAUAUAUUGAAGCAAACUUCAAAGAAAAAAGUGUACAAUGGUAGCAAUAAGAACAAUACUAUUGCUAUGGAAAAAGGACAUCUUGGGUUUGUUAAGGUUAACAUGGAUGGAUUGUCAAUAGGGAGGAAAGUGGAUCUAAAUGCUUCUUCUAUAUAUGCGACUUUAGCCCAAGAACGGGAAGACAUGUUCGCUAAUCCAACCACAGGCAUCACUUCCAUUCGUUCGAGUGGAGAGAGUGAGCAAUCAAGAGAGGCCACCAAGCAUUUAAAUGGAUCAUUCGAAUUUGUGCUCACUUAUGAAGAUAAGGAGGGGGACUUGAUGCUCGAUGUUUCUCAACACAGUGAAGAGGCUUACAAUCAUGAAGACAUCGGAAGCUAA